AUGAAAAAAAAUAAUGUUCUCGAAAUUCCUUUCAAAUAUGCCCCUCGAGGAGUUGAACUUGUGGGGUAUGAAAGUAUUAUAAUUCACAUAUUGAUGUUUGCAUCUGCCAGUUUGUACAUUCCGAUUUCAGUGAGCAUAAAAAGAAAAGCUCAAUUGGUAUCUAUCAUAAAAAAUAAGCCAGAUAGAUUCAUUUUGUAUCAAACUAUCGGAUUAGCUGCGUUCAAAGUGUCAAGUCUACGCCUGCACAUUAAUACACAACUUGAAGCUGACAGACCAAGAGACAACACGUUUUACUACGCGAAUUACCAUGAUUUCUAUACGACACCUGUAAUGAUAGAAAUGUCGUAUUUAUUCAGUAACAAACGAAACUUCGACACCAUCAAAAAUAUUUUCAAGAGAAACAAUCGAACGAUGCCUUCUAGCGCAAUUGGUGCAGCACAAGCUUCGUCAGUGGACACUUGA